AUGUAAAAUAAUCCAAUAAAAAAUAGAUAAGUUGGAUUUAUUAUUGCUUAUACUCUGUUUUAAGAUUCAAUGGUUAUAAUUAUUAAUCCUUAAAAAGAUAAAUAAAGUACUGAUUUGAGAAAUACAGUGCAUUUUCGAGAUAUUUGGAUAGGAAUAAUCAAACAAAUUCAAAGAAUGAAUCUUUAGAUAAAUUGGAAAAGGGAAUUGUUAAUCACUUAUGAUGAUGGAAUCACUUCUAUAUUUAGAAAUAAUUAAAAUUAUCAAUUUAUUAUACAUGUGUCUUUCAAAAUGACUGCUCAGGAAAUGUCAACAAUAGAAAAAAAAAUUUUAGAUGAGGAAAUAUUAAUCCAAACCGGAUUAUAAAAUUUCACAAUCAAUUCAUGAU